GGGCGCGGGCGCAGACGCAGACGCAGGAGCGGGCAAGGCCGGCCGGCGAGAGAUGGCGUCCCCGACGAUGCUCGGCAAAGUGUACUCGCUCUUCUUCCGCAGGUCGUCCACCUUCGCGCUCACCAUCGCUGUGGGCGUCUUGUUCUUCGAACGAGCCUUCGACCAGGGCGGCGACGCCAUCUACGACAGCAUCAACCACGGGAAACUCUGGAAGCACAUAAAGCACAAGUAUGAGGAGGAAUAGCUGUCAGCGCCAGACCUGGGCUUGAGACUGAGGGGAACCGAUCUGUGCUCUCCAUGGACAGCAGCCCCCAGCGGGGAGAAGGCUCGGUCAGAUGCUGCAUGUGACGCAUUCGUGGCAUUUGAGACUCGACUUGGGCUACAUCUGUUCUGAGAACCUACAAAUAAAUAGGAUGUGAAUUAUCUGUGAAA